AUGCUACCAGGCUCCAGUAUAUUGGGGCACGAGAGGCCCCUGGUCAUCAGGAUAUCAUUCACAACCUGCGUUCUGACUACUGUGUGCCUGCCACUGCUCGGACUCAUAACUUGUGUCUUCAUAUCCUCUGUUUUUCAUUUUGAGGACUCCACUGGUACACAUUGCCAGGUUCCUAACUACCUGCCAUCUAUCAGUGCCUCAAUAAGCCUGAGUCCUGAGUGCCACAUAUGGCGGUUCUGCAUCGGACUGCACUCAGCGCCGAGGUUCCUGGUGGCGUUUACCUACUUCAAAUUCUACAAAACCCGUUUUGCCUCGAAGUUCCCUGAGAGCUCACUCAGCUGCUUGAACCUGGCCUUCUCUAUUUCGGAAAACCUCGGCCUCUUGCUCCUCACAUACGUAUCCUCCACCGAGACAUACUUCGUACAUAAGGAAGGCUUUGUCCUGUUCAUUGUCAGCUCCCUUAUCUACAUGCUGACAACCUGCCGUUUGUGGAAGGCUAUUAAGAAGUACUCACUGAGUCCUGAGGAUGCCAAGUCUUACCGCUGGAAAGUACGCUUGUUACUUCUUAACGUAUCCUUCUGUGCUUUUGCCGGAUUCUUUUAUUGGAAACACAACAUGUACUGUGAAUCAGGGAGUUAUACAUUUUUUGCCCUGUUUGAGUAUCUCGUCGUCUUCUCCAACAUGGCCUUCCAUCUCACGGCUAUGUGGGACUUUAAGAGCAGGGAGGUCAUGGUCAUUUCGUCCUCUGAUGAUAAAAACUUCUGA